CUUCCUGUUUCAUGGCGCCACAGUGCACACUCUCUGUGUGUUGCGGAGGGUCUCCAGUUGACUAGAGCACCUUCUUCUGUAACUUCUAGUGGCUUCAGGCUACAUUUGAAGGAUCCUGGGAGACCCUCAAGCCGCGCAAUGGAAACAGUGGCCUUUGAGGAUGUGGCUGUGAACUUUAGCAUGGAAGAGUGGGCUUUGCUGAAUUCAUCCCAAAAGAAGCUCUACAGAGAUGUGAUGUGGGAAACAUUUAUGAAUGUAACUGCUACGGGAAGAACCUGGGAUAACCAGAAAAUUGAAGAAAAGCACACAAAUUUCUCACGAAAUCUAAGAUGUGAAGAAGUAGAGCAAUGCUAUCAGUAUGAAACUUGGAAUCAGCAAGAAGAAAUAGUCCUUUGGACUCCAGAUGCCAAUGUGAACAUGCAGCAAGCUGCUUUCAAACCAGCGGAGAGCCUUUCUGGUAGAAAGCCCCAGAUUGAUCAUUUGUCACUGACUGUGCCCAUCGGAGCUCACACUGGACUGAAACCACAUGAGUAUUUGGGAUUUGGAGAGAAGCUGUACCAAUGUGGUGAAAAUGGAAAAGACAGUGAUUUCCAGUCCUUUCAGAAGCAUACAAAGGGGAAAACUGGAGAGAAACAAUAUCAAUAUGAACAACAUGAGAGAACAUACUCUGAUAUUAGUGAAAGGACUCACCCUGCAGAGAAGACCUUUGUAGGUAAGAAGAGUCUGAAAUCUUCCAGUGCACCCAGUGGUGCGCGAAUCCAUGAUGGAAACUACAGUGAGGGUAAUCUACAUGUAGGCAAACAAUUUAUUUCUUCAUACUAUUUUCAAGUACCUAAAAGAAGAUGCGAUGGAGAGAAGUCUUAUGUGUCUAAGGAACAUACAAAAGCAUUAGCUCAUCAAUUUUCCUUUCAUAGUCAUAAAAGAAUUAACACUUUGCAGCAGCCCUAUGUAUGUAAGCAAUGUGGAAAAGCAUUCACUACACAGAGUUAUUGUGAAGUACAUGAAAAAAGUCACAUGAGACAGAAACCUUACAUAUGCCAGCAAUGUGGGAAAACAUUCUCUACACAAAGGUAUUGUAAAAUACAUGAAAGGAAUCACACAGAUGAGAAACCUUAUGUUUGCAAACAAUGUGGGAAAGCAUUCUCUACACAAAGUUAUUGUAAAAUUCAUGAAAGAAUUCACACUGGUGCAAAACCCUAUGUGUGUAAGCAAUGUGGGAAAUCAUUCACUACACAAAGUAGCUGUAAACUACAUGAAAGAAUUCACACUGGUGAAAAACCCUAUGUAUGUAAGCAAUGUGGGAAAUCAUUCACUACACAAAGUAACUGUAAACUACAUGAAAGAACACACACUGGUGAGAAACCCUAUGUAUGUAAGCAAUGUGGGAAAGCUUUUACCACACACACUUAUUAUAAAGUACAUGAAAGAAGUCACACUGGGGAGAACCCUUAUGUAUGUAAGCAGUGCGGGAAAGCUUUCAGUACACACAGUUAUUGUAAAAUACAUGAAAGUAUUCACAGAGGUGAGAAACCCUACAAAUGUAAGCAAUGCGGAAAAGGAUUCACCACUAGGUUCUCUUUGUAUAGUCAUAAAAGAAGUCACAUUGGUAAGAAAUCCUAUGUGUGUAAGCAGUGUGAUAAAGAAUUUUCUGAUUGGUCUUCAUUUUGUAGACAUAUACUGAAAAAUACUGGGGAGAAACCCUAUGCAUGUAAGGAAUGUGGGAAAGCAUUUAGUACACAAAAAUAUUGUCAGAUACAUGAAAGAACUCACACAGGUGAGAAACCUUAUAUAUGUAACCAGUGUGGAAGAGGAUUGGCCACUAAGUCCUCAUUUCGUAGACACAGAAGAAUCCACACUGGUGAGAAACCCUAUGAAUGUAAACAAUGUGGGAAAGCAUUCACUUCACAUGGUUCUUAUAAACUACAUGAGAGAAAUCACACAGGAGAGAAACCCUAUGCAUGUAAGCAAUGUGGGAAAGCAUUCACUACACACAAUCACUAUAAAAUACAUGAAAGAAGUCACACUGGGGAGAAACCUUAUGUAUGUAUGCAGUGUGGGAAAGCGUUCAUGACAAACAGUUAUUGUAAAAUACAUGAAAGAAUUCAUACUGGAGAGAAACCGUAUGUAUGUAAGCAAUGUGGAAAAGCAUUCACUACACACAGUUAUUAUAAAAUACAUGAAAGAAGUCACACUGAGAAGAAACGUUAUGUAUGUAAGCAGUGUGGAAAAGCUUUCAGUACACACAGUUAUUGUAAAAUACAUGAAAGAAUUCAUACUGGGGAGAAACCGUAUGUAUGUAAGCAAUGUGGAAAAGCAUUCAUUACACACAAAUAUAGCAAAAUACAUGAAAGAAGUCACACUGGGGAGAAACCCUAUGUAUGUGGGCAGUGUGGGAAAGGAUUUGCUUCAAGCUCUCCAUUUUGGAGGCAUAAAAGAAGUCACACCAGGGAGUAACUAUGUAUGUAAGAAAUGUGGGGAAAAAUGUAGUUGACAAAGUAUCAAAUACGUGAAGGAAAUUACACUAGGGAGAAACCAAAAAAUAUAUUCCCAGAUGGGAGCAUAUUCAUUUUGUGUUUUUUAGUAAAUCACUUGUAACUGAACUAUGUGUCAGUAGUAUUUGCUAUAAAAAACUGAGUUGACAUAAUAUAUUUUUGUAACUGAGUGUUUUUGAGGUUAACACAUAGGGCCUUUUAAUUAAAUAAGGUGAAUGAAAACACACUUUUCAUGUUCAAGUGGAGUUUGUUUUUAUUUUCUCUUCACCAUUGGGAAGUAAAAACAUUUUUGUUAAUAUGUUGGGAUUUCCUACUAUCUUGAUUUAAAUUGUUGGUGCAUACAUUUUAUAUUUUGUAUAACAAAAAUAUGUUUGAACUUGAUGUAAUAUAUAUAUAUUUAUAUCCAUGUAUAUAUAUAGAGAGAGACUAGUGAACAUGUGUUUCUGAUAAAGUUCAGUUGUUUUCAUACCACUAGUAGAGAAGCAAAACAUUAUUUUCAUACCCUGAGAAGAUAGCUGCAUUAUCGCAAUAUAAUUGUAUAUUAUAUCAAAUACAUAAUUUUGACUAUUCCAGUCAUUUUAAGGGAUUAUUACCAUUUACCUACAUUGUUAUGUUUUCUCAUCAAAUUUUACUUUUCGUGAUUGCAUUGUGAUGACUAUAAGUUUUGUGGUAAUUCUUCCACUACUUGAACCAAAACAUAAAUGGUACUGCCGUGAAAUUCUUAUUGCCACAAAUCAAGAUCACAACUUGUCUCUAAAAGGACAUUAUAAAUUGUAGUAAUAAAUCUCCAAAAAGCAUAAUAGUGAUAUGAUUUACCAGUAACAAUAUUUUCAGAGGAAUUUUUGUUGACAGUAGAGUUGUUUGAGGGGGAAAAUGAUUGUCAUUGGAUGUAAUGAGGCAAAUUCCUUUAUUCCCUGAUAUCAUGAGUGACAUUGUAUUUGUUAAUCAAUAUUGCUUUUAUCUCAGAAGGUGAAAUGAAGGAAAAUAAACAUUGAGUUUAGUAAAAA